UAAUGAAGGAAGAUCCUGAAGUGUAUUGUCGAUUCAAAGGUGCCCUCAAGAAGAGUCGAUCUAUUGGAUUCUUCCGAGAAUUCAAAAGAGUAUAUGAGAAAUUAGAAUUGACAUCUUGGCAGAUUUCUUUGUGUGAGAAACUUGAUGGAGAAGCAGAUUCAAGGAAGAUAUUUUGGUGUUAUGGAUCUCGUGGAGGAGAAGGGAAAACUACCUUUGGAAAGUAUCUUGUAGCGACACGUGGAGCCAUGCUUAUCAAUGGAGGUAGAAAUGAAGAUAUUAUAUUUGCUUAUGAUUAUCAGAAGAUAGUCAUCUUUGAUGUGGCGCGUUGUCAAGACGUUCGUUAUGAUUUGAUAGAACAUUUUAAAGAUGGUGUUUUGUUUAAUCAGAAGUACGAGAGUCAUGUGAUGUAUCUUCUUCCACCACAUGUUGUGAUAAUGUCUAAUGUACCCCCAGACUAUACUAAGAUUAGUGAGGAUAGGGUUUUAGAGAGAUGUCCAAAGACUGAUCGACUCCAUCUUCAAGGUAUGUUUGAGUUACAUAAGCCACAGAGACCUUCAUGGGUGAAGAAGAACUUGCUCGGCAAUACUGUUCAUCUGGAGAAAUGUAUUGAUCGUGACAAAGCUCGUGAGUAUUGCCGCAAAGAAGAAACUAGGGUUGCAGGUCCAUGGGAGCAUGGUGUGUGGUUGACGAAUGAAGUUGCGUCAUCAAAUUUAGCUAGGAGUAUGAAAGACGCUGAAGAUGGUAAGCCUAUUGAUGAAAUAAUGAAGGAAGAUCCUGAAGUGUAUUGUCGAUUCAAAGGUGCCCUCAAGAAGAGUCGAUCUAUUGGAUUCUUCCGAGAAUUCA